AUGUCAGAUAAUUUUUCUAUUUCAGCAAAAUCUUUACAACAAAAAUGUAAUGGAACUUCUUUGGACUCAAAUUUACAUUUAUCAACAAAUCGUUCAACAACACCCGUUGGAAGAAAAUCUGUUCUUGCUCGUGCUGAGCUUUGGGAUCGUCGUAUAAGUACAAAUGAAAAUGAAACAAAUACUAUUCUAUCAUCAUAUGAUAUUGAACAAUGGUCAAAUGAAUUUGAAAAAAUACAAAAUCUAAAUUAA